AUGACGACCACAUUGACUACCACGGAGGUUGACCUUACCCUCCAACUCGGACACGAGGAUCAAUCGUCAGAGACCGACCAAACCCCGCCUGAUGCAAUUCCACGGGCAACAGUGGAGGAGUGGUUUGAAACCAGCAAACGCUCGCUCUCGCAGUUUGAGGAGCUGGAAAGCCGGACUCAGAAAGUUGUGGAGGCCCACAGAUUUGACUGGCAAGAUGCCUUACGAGACAUCUCUCACAGUCUCUUCGAGGAGAUGCAGAUGCUGCGGGAAAUGAACAAGUCGCUGGCCACGCUACUCGAUGGGCCGCGAAAGGAGAACAAGAACGAUAGGUGCGAGGAACAGCAUGAGGGGGAGGAGGAGAACGAGUCAAAUAAAGACGAGGAGGAAGACACCGCGGAAAUGGAGAUCUCUAUGGCACAGAUCCGUCAUCUGCCUUGGGCCGAAGUGGCCCUGUUUAGGACUCCGCCCCCGAAGCGCUUUGCCGUUGAGGUUCCGUACAAUGAGCCAACGGCUGGCGAUAUUCAGCAGCUUGGUGCUUCUUUGGCAUCGGAUAUGGAAUUACCCAUCCUCGCCGGAGAAGCCACAGACUGUUUGCCGCUGAACACCAUGCCUGAACGGAUUCGCCUCAAUUGCCAUCGGCUAAAGAGCUUUCUUGAUUAUCAGUUCUGCAGCGGGGAGUUGCCCUACAAUGGUCAGAGCCCCCUGUCAAUUCUCCGACCAUUCAAACUGCUACUCUAUCUUGACAAGCCAAUUCGGUCUAAGGUGGCGGAGUUCGAAGCGAUCCGGAAAGAACUGCAGGACUCAUCCGAAGAGGAGUAUAUACAGGCUCUUCAUGAUUCUCUAGUGGUAGACAUGGCUUACUCGAAAGAUAAUAUAUCAGAGCUCGGGGUCCUUGAGCUGACGGCUCUAAUCAUGGAUUGUCGCUGUUUGGUGCAGUUCAUGGACGAUACCCUUCGUCCAGCACAAACGCACCUGGCCGCUGCUCCAGACAUGGUACGCUUUGUUGAUCUCUGGUUCGUCUUUGCUCAAGGUUCUCUGGUCUACAUCAAAGGUAGCAGCCCUCCCCAGAAGAUUUGGAAGGUGGUGCAACGGACCGGCGGCCGUCGAAUCCUGGAAACCUCUGAGCAGUUCAACGACGAAAAAAGCAUUGGUAGCUGGGCUCCCCUGGUGUUAGACUGCUUCUAUCUGGAUUUCGACGGGGUUCGAUUUAUUCCUGUCUUCCGUCAGUUCGAAAUUAGUGGUUUUGAUGGCGUCCAGGCCGCCAAGUCGCUCCCCGUGCUCCCGCUCCCGGUCGCGGAGCGGGAGGGAUUCACCGACCGAGCGCACCUCAUGGCCCGCGGAAAGCAAUUCGUCGACUGCACCCAGAAAGUUUUGCAUUUAGAUUACAGUGGCAGAUGUCACUAUUUGGAUCCCUCUGGUCGCAAACUGACCGACUUAGUCGACAAAAUCCCCCGGAGCGCCUCCUGCUACUCGGAACAGAUCGACAGCGAUGUGAUUGUGGACUUCACCCGUGCCUUGGGGAAAUCCCCUGGACUCGGGAUGGAGAAGGAUGGGACCUGGGAUAAGCGAUUUACGGAUGACUUUAUGGACGCCCAGAACCGCAUGUGGGACUCCUGGGCCAAGAUUGGAGGCGGGCCAACUGGUGAUGAUCUGAUGAUUCUGCCCAACCGGGUUUUUGCCUUCGUGCUGUCGACCAGACGAUGGGCUUGUCUGCGGAUCGGGCGUGGACCCAAUGGCGCUGAGCGCUUGCAGGAGAGACCAAAGAAAGACAACCCUUGGUUGAAACUGCGCCUUCCAGAUGGCCACAAGGAUCUGGUGCAGUCCUUGAUCCACUCGCACUUUGCCAAACAGAAAUCUGGAGGUGUGCAUUUUGACUUGUUGAGAAACAAAGGGAAUGGAGUAACGAUCCUACUACAUGGGGUCCCGGGCGUCGGGAAAACGUCGACAGCUGAGUGCGCGGCAAUAAGUAAUGGCAGACCUCUACUCCCUGUAACAUGUGGUGAUCUUGGACUUACUGCAGGCGAAGUGGAGGAGAAGCUCAAGGAAGUCUUUCGUCUCGCCCAGGACUGGGGCUGCAUCAUGCUCCUGGAUGAAGCGGAUGUGUUCCUGGCUCAACGCCGGGCAUAUGACGUGGAGAGAAAUGCGCUGGUGUCUGUUUUCCUCCGCACCCUGGAGUACUACGAGGGCAUCUUAUUUCAUGACCGUGUGAAAACAAGUCUGCUUCUGGCCGGGGCGGAGGGACCCGUCGGCGCCAAACCAGGCGCCUCUCGCGGAGAUAAAAUGGCGGAGGACGGGCGCGAGGUGGGUGUCGGUGUGGAUGAGGUCCCAGAGGUCGGCGGUGGUGGGGAGGCCCAGGGCGCCGGCGAGGUAUCUCUGGUUCUUUUUGAUGGCGCAGGCCCAGUCGGCGCUGUAGGAGGAAAGGCCGGGCCAGGUGCAUGGCUGGAUUGA